CUCAUCGUCGAGCACCCCUCAACCCACGCACCAACUCUCGCCAUUGCCAGUCAAGCUCGCUAUAAGCAGCCAGAUAUUCAGGACCACCGAUCACGAUCCCAAAAACAGCGGCUCUGUGUCGCGACGUCGACGGCGAUGGACGCUCCGGCCAUGUUCGCGCGCAAGCAAGUCCCCGAUGACUUCGGCCUCCGGAACAUCGGCGAAGCUGAGGACGAAGGAGCCGGGGCCCAGGCCCAGGCCCAGCUGCACCGCGACGAGAAGCAGCACAAGCCGGCCGUGCUGAAGAAGGUGAAGGAGAAGGUGAAGAAGAUCAAGAACACCCUCGCCGGCCACGGCCACGGCCACGACGGUGAGCACGGCGGCGGCGAGCGCAUGGGAGACGCGGACGCCGGCAGCGACAGCAGCGAGGAGGCGGAGGAGGACGCGGCGGAGAGGGAGGCCGCGCUGGAGAAGGGCGGCUACAUGGAAGAUGUCGAGGACAAGCCCCUCGUCAUGGAGCCGGAGCCCAACCCCGAGCUGCACGGCGCGCCGAUGUACGAGUCGGCGAGGGCACCCGCCGUGCAGGACCUCAUCGCCGAGUACGAUCAGCCGGCGUGGACACCGGCGGUGCAGGAGGUGGAGGGCGACGGCUCCGCACCUAGGGUGCGGCUCGGUGAUAUCGGCGGCCCCGUCGUCGAGGAUCCAGCCGCGCCGCGCUCCACGACGCCCACCGCGCGAGAGGGUGAGGACAUAGGUACGACGCCCGUGGUGCGGCAGUUUGAGACCAUGAGCUUAUCCGACGACCCGACGCACGUGGGCGCGGGCAAGAAAGGCGCCAAAGCAGAGGAGUGGAAAGACAAGGCCGCGGACACGGUGCGCGGUGCGGACGGUGGCGGUGGCGGUGGCGCUAGCUACACGGACACUCUCAAGAACGCGGCUGCCGGCACCACGGAGUACGGCAAGAAGCUAGCGAGCACGGUGUAUGAGAAGGUUGCCGGCGUCACCACGGCUGUGGGCGUGGGGAAGCGCGGCGACGAACGCACGGAGGCAACGCCGGCGUCGAACACCCGCACGGAGGAGCGCGGAGCGGCCCCCGAGGCCACGGAUGCGACGAGAGGCGCAGGGUACACCGACAAGAUCAAGUCGGCGGCCGCGGGCACCACUGGGUACGGCAGGCAGCUGGCGUCCACCGUCUACGAGAAGGUCGCCGGUGUCGGCACUGCCGUCGCGCCCAACCUCCGUCCGCAGGAGGGCUCGGCCAAGGCGGAAGGCGCACACAGCGAGGCGACGCCGGUAUCGGACACCGGCGUUGAGGAGUGGAAAGGCGCCCCGGCUGCCACGGACGCGGCCAACGGCGCGUCGGGGCCGGCGGGCUAUACUCACAAGGUCAAGUCCGCGGCUGCGGGCACCACGGAGUACGGCAAGCAGCUGGCGAGCACAGUGUACGAGAAGGUCGCCGGCGUCGGCACCGCCGUGGCGGGCAAGGUGCAGCAGGCCACACAGUCGCCCAGCACGGCGACGCCGGGAGCCGACGCGCAGCAGGACACGGACGCCGCCGCGACGGCCACCCCCGGCGCCGGCGGGCAGUCCAAAGGAACGACCGUCACGGGGUACAUCGCCGAGAAGCUCCGUCCGGGCGACGAGGACCGCGCGCUCAGCGAGGCGAUCUCCGGCGCCGUGCAGCGCCGCAAGGAGGACGUCGGGGGCACGGUAGCGCAGCGCGUGCCGGCGCCAGGCCAGGUGGUGACCAAAGCGCGCGAGGCCGUCGCGUCGCUCACCGGCGGGAAGCGGGUCUCGGAGACCGUGCAACCCACCACAGCAACAGGGAAAGAUGUGAAGGAAGUCUAUGCGGCGGAGGCGCCUGUGAUCCAUGGGGAGGAGAUCGGCGGCCCGAAGCUGAACACCAAUACCAUGUGAGCUGCUCAUGGAGAGCGCGGGUGAUCUCUGAGUAUUGUGUCAGGUUUGUGUACACAGUACACGUGAAUGGUGUGGUUUGCGCUGUGGAGUAGAGUAGGAGCUGGAAUAAUAAGCGUGCUGGUUGCGUUCGCCGUGGUGCGCUUUGGUUUUACGUGUGCGUGUGAUUGUGGAUCUACGAGUAGUUGUACGUAUACAUAUAUGUAUAUGUGUAUCUAACUAUGUAUACGUAUACGUUGAAGGAAAAUUGUUCUGUUUUUUUUACGAA